CACGCUUCGAUUCCUACUUGCGUAUGAUAAUCAGUCAAUCAGUUCAUGAGUCCUUAGCAGAAAUGCUUUCGAGUAAGAUUCUAAUUCUAGUUAUCGUAGUGGCUUUGCUGAUCUUUGUUCAUCAGAGUGACGCUUGGCGAAGACGUCGCCGUCGCAGAUGUCCAGUGCGAGAUUGUCAAGUCAGUUCUUGGUCUUCCUGGAGUUCGUGCAGCACAUCGGAGUGCGGACAGCGAGGAUUACAAAGCAGAUCAAGACAAGAAGAAUCUUCUGCGUCUUGUGGAGGUGCACAAUGUCCUGACUUACACGAAACACGGCAAUGUUAUGGCAAUACACCGCGAGAUUGCCAAGUCAGUUCCUGGUCUCCCUGGAGUUUCUGCAGCGCAGCCCAGUGCGGACAACAAGGAUCACAAAGCAAAUCGAGAGCGGAAAAAUCUUCUUCGGCUUGUGGAGGUGCAGAAUGUCCUGACUUACACGAAACACGGCAGUGUUAUGCAAGUAAACGAGUCGAUUGCCAACUAAGCUCGUGGUCGGAGUGGAGUGCCUGCACCGUUCCCUGUGGAGUCUCAGGAACACAGCACAGCGCUCGUCACAGGAUAGUGACCGAGCAAUGUGGCGGAACAUGCACGUCUACGUUUCGUAAAACACGAGCUUGCCCAGACCUCAGCUGUUUGAACGGAGGAAGUUUAAAAGAUGGUUCAUGUUUUUGUAAGGAAGGAUAUUCUGGAAAUUGCUGUGAGAAAAAAGCCGGCUUUGAUAACAAGUUGCUUUGGGCGAUCAUCCCACUCUGUCUGUUACUUCUAAUUGCAUUGGUGGUCAUAAGAUGCUUCUCGACGGAAAUAAAGAAAUACAUCUCUGGCAAGUGUGGAAAAGUACAUCCAGGAUCGUAGUUAGUAACAGGCAAACUUAGGCACUUGUCUCAGUCUUACAUUUUUUCCGUUUUUGUCGUUUAUACUCAUCAUAAACACCCUAAAUACAUUGGAAGAGAAUUUAAUCAUAGACUUUACCUCACUCAAUUUUUUUUUCGUGGACAUUGCCUCAGUCAGAACAUUCCUGGCUACGACCUUGGUCAUGAUGCAGAAAAUGAACGACGCUAAGCAUGGAAAUAAAUAGCUUCCGAAGUGAAUCCGAAGUGAUUAGAAUUCUCCUUAUAUGUAGUACAUUCAAGCUGGCCACUAGCUGAAGUGACUUGUAUGUAGUAGAAUAUAAACUAGAAGACAAUUACCGCGUAAAUAUAUUUUGUAACCUUUCGCUAAUUAUACAAUUCAAGAAUAUGUACACUAGUUUAUGUUUCUUGUUGAAUGUAGAAGUAUUUUAAGCCUGGUUGUAGCUGUGAUGAAUCCGGAGCUAGUAGGCUAAGUAAGGUUUUGUGAGUUAUGCAAGAGCUACUCGAAAGUAUUUCUGUCAAUUAUUCUUGCUCCAUUUAUUCAUUUAUUUAUUUUUUGCAACAUUUCGCUAAUUAAUGAUGUGCUACAAAUCCAUGCAUUACUUACAAUUCGUUUUAGUAAAUAUUCCAGAUGUGAAUUCAAGAAUCAAACAAUCUGAUUAGUUGAAAAGCUCGGCUUAUGACGCUGCAUCUCUGUCAACCGCAGUGAUUUUAUUUUAUAAUUCUUACCGCUGUAUUAUCUUUAUGAUGAUGUAACGCUCGUUGUAUCCUUUAUCAAUAAAAAAAAGAUGCUCGCUCCUGA